AUGACAAACCCUCGAGGGUUUACACCCAUACACACAAACACUCUCAUGCCUAGACCCGUGCUGCUGCUGCAGCAGCAGCAGCAGCAGCAACAGCAGCAGCAGCGGCAACGGCGACAGGAGCAACCGCAACAACAGCAACUGCAACACAUUCACGAGCAACAGCAGCAACAGCAACAGCAGCAGCAACAAAAACAACAACAGCAGCAGCAGCAGCCCAACAGCAGCAGCAGCAGCAGCAGCAACAGCAGCAGCAGCAGCAGCAGCAGCAGCAGCAGCAGCAGGACGUAG